AUGGAUUUUUUAAUUUCUUAGACAAUGUGUUAUUGUCGAAUAAUAAUAACAAAAGAAAAUGCUUGGGAAAGCUUUAAUAUUUUGGGAAAAUUAAAUUGUGUUCAUUAAAUAGAUUAUGACGAUAAUAUUCCUCAAAUAAGUAGACCUUAUUAUAAUUAAGUAAAAAGAUGCGAAAAAAUUCUUUAUUAAAUUGAAAAUAUAAAACAUAUGAUAAAAAAUUUCGAAAUGAAAAUAAAAGAAUGUUUAAAUAUAGAAAAUCUCAUUUAAAUAAAUUUUAAUUAAAUGGAAAAUAAUAGAUAAACAAACGGAUAGACAUAUAUAAAUAAAAUAGAGGAAGAAAUAAAUAUAUAAUAUAUAUAAUUAAUAAAUUAAGUCUAACAUUAUGAUUUUUUAUAAUAAAAAGAAUAAAAUUUAAUUGAAUAUGAAAUUUUUUUGAAUGAAAUAAUAAUGCAAUAGUUUUUUUUUUCAGAAGAAAAUUAAACCUUUAACUUAAAUAAAUUUUGUGGUAUUAUUAAUUGCGAGAGUAAAUUGUUAUUUUAAAGAUCUAUUUUUAGAAUAAGUAAAGGAAAUGCAUAUAUUUAAAUUAAUGAUAUUCAAAAUAAUGAGAAAUAUAAGAAAAUAAAUGCAAUGUUUAUUGUUAUUUUUAACGGAGAUUGUAAUACUAUUUUAUUUAAAAAAAUUAGUAAAAUUUGUGAGUCUUUUAAAGUUAAAUUAUAUGAAUUGCCUAAAGAUUUAGACUAAUCUGUUUAAUAAAGUUAAAAAAUUAAAAUAGAAUAAGAAGAAUGUAGAUAAGUAAAUAUUUAUAAAAUUUUUUGUAAGCUUUUUUUAUUAAUAAAAAAAUAGCUAAAAUAAUUAACAGAAAAUAAUAUAAAAAAAAAUUUAAAAGAUUUUAUUACAGAUAAAAAAAAAUUGGAAUGCUCAUAUAUAGAAUUCUUAAAAUUUUAUAUUUUAAAAGAAAAAGAAAUUUAUACAAAAAUGAGUAUGCUAAAAUUAUAAGGUUCUGUAUAUAUAGGUUAUUUUUGGAUACCAGAAAAUAAAUAUUAAUAUGUAGUAUCUUCUUUUGAUUAAUUACAUAAUAAAAAAAAAUUUUUGCCAGAAAAUAUAAUAUAAAAAUUAUCAUACAAAAUGCCUUUAAGUCCUCCAACAUAUUUUCCUGUUAAUGAUUUUACAUUUGCAUUUUAACAAAUAGUCAAUACAUAUGGAAUACCUCGUUACAAAGAAAUAAAUCCUGGUCUUUUUACAAUUACAACUUUUCCAUUUUUAUUUGGUGUGAUGUUCGGGGAUAUAGGUCAUGGAUUUUUAUUAUUAAUAUUUGGUUUAUAUUUAAUUUUAUGA